CGGCGUGCGCGGCCUCGCGGCCUCGGCGCGCUCCCGGGCGGCGCCAUCUUGGCUUCGGAUGGAGCUUGUGGAGCGUUCGGUUGCGGUGUGGGCAGCAGGAUUCAGACACGACAGCAGCCGGAUGGAGCACUACCGGAAGGCUGGCUCUGUGGAACUCCCAGCACCUUCCCCGAUGCCCCAGCUACCGCCUGAUACCCUGGAGAUGCGGGUCCGAGAUGGCAGCAAAAUCCGCAACCUGCUGGGCCUGGCGCUGGGGCGGUUGGAGGGCGGCAGGGCUCGGCAUGUGGUGUUCUCAGGUUCUGGCCGGGCUGCAGGCAAGGCUGUCAGCUGUGCUGAGAUUGUCAAGCGGCGGGUACCAGGCCUGCACCAGCUUACCAAGCUGCGCUUCCUGCAGACCGAGGACAGCUGGGUGCCAACCUCACCCGACGCAGGCCUAGAUCCCCUCACGGUACGCCGCCAUGUGCCUGCGGUAUGGGUACUGCUCAGCCGAGAUCCACUGGACCCCAAUGAGUGUGGCUACCAGCCCCCAGGGGCACCCCCUGGCUUGGGCCCCACACCUACCUCCAGCUCUGGCCCCCGACCCCGAAGAAGGGCUCGAGACACCCGGUUUUGAAGACUUGCUGGCAAGCUGUUCUCCAGGCCUGAAUGUCUAGGAUGGCUGGGCCUUCUUUGAGAAGCCUCUGUAACUGCUCAACACCCCCAACAAGACUUGAGUCUACGGAAGUGGGCCUCCCUGUCCUGCUUCCACUUCCCUCUGGCUUGUGGAAAGGGACUGCUAUGAAGAGUGACAGGUGUGGAGUCUCUGCCGGGUUCUGGAUUGCCUUCUACCUACAGUGCCUCUGAUCUACUUCCUGACAGAGGUCCAAGGAGUGGGUUAGGAAAUAAAGGUUCUGCCCAUUCGUCUGA